AUGGAGGAGGAUGACGAGGACACCUCCUCUUUAUCAAAAGCUCCAUCCACAGUUACGCUAACACCACAAAACGUCCAUUCUCUGUCCGACCCGAAACCAGAACAAAAAGAACAAAAAAUACCACAAUGCCACAUCAUAACGCAACAAGCUAGCGGCGAUUCGAACGAGUCUGAAUCUGAGUCGAUAUCAACGAAAGCAUCGCCUCGUUACUCAUUAUUAUCUAAGAGUCCACAUUCUAGCUCAUCCCAAGAAGAUUAUGAGCCAGAUACCAAAUAUAAAGGUCAAUAUUUGUCCGCUUCAAUGAGAACCUGUACUACUAAAAGCAUGGAAAGCUUACGAGCCUCUCCCAAAGGUUUUCUAUCAUCCAGUGAACGCGAUGUUAGAAGAAUAUAUCUAGAAACUACAGAAACGAAAUCUUUGGAAAGCAUCGAACGAGAAAUGAAACUAAAAAGACACGCAGUUAGUGGUGAAGCUUCUCUAGAAACGACUGGCAGCGAAGACACUUUUACAGCAGAAAGAAAACGAGUAUUAUGGUCUGGUAAAAUGAGAAUACCUCAACAUCUUAGCUUACCACCGCCUACAGGUUAUUUAAGUCUUAGUCCAGGUGAUCGCAGACUUACAAUUCUGUCACCACAUUCUCCCCAUAAGAUGCCGGACUACUUUACUACAGGUACCUUGAAGUCACGCAGAAAGAAAGCUGGAGUAUUGCCUAAACUACUGUUGCCCCGCAGCGAUUCUGAUAUAAGCGAAGUAUUUUCAGAGCAGGGACUUGAUUUUGAUGUUGAAAAUGGCGCCAGUCCAGGUAGAAGUCCGUUGGAUGGAGCAGCUUCUCCAUCCGCUGGAUUGGUUCUCCAGAAUCUUCCUCAAAGGAGGGAGAGUUUUUUAUAUAGAUCUGAUAGCGACUUUGAAAUGUCGCCAAAAUCCAUGUCUAGGAAUUCUUCAAUUGCCAGUGAAAGGUUCCGGGAGACAGAAAACAUUUUGGAAAGAUCCCAUGGAGAAGACCUUAUCGUCACACCGUUUGCACAAAUUCUUGCCAGUUUACGGAGCGUACGCAACAAUUUCCAGUGUCUCACCAAUGUGCCCCUUAACAAGUCUAGACGUUCAUCUGGAGCGGCUGGUUCUAGUUCAGCCCAAUCAAAAAAUUUAAACCCUGGAGAUGAAGCUUAUAUGAAAUUGGCUAUGGAAACCAUGGAAGAGUUGGAUUGGUGCCUAGAUCAACUAGAAACUAUACAAACCCAUCGAUCUGUCUCCGACAUGGCUUCCCUAAAGUUUAAACGUAUGCUGAAUAAGGAGCUGUCUCAUUUCUCCGAAUCUAGCAAAUCUGGCAAUCAAAUAUCGGAAUAUAUCUGCUCCACUUUCCUAGAUAAACAACAAGAAUUGGACCUACCCUCCCUUCGUGAUGAAGUCCCUGAGCUCCCAAAACCCACUCAACGCAAAGAACGCGUCCGAGGACCGCAUUCUACCAUGUCUCAAAUAUCAGGUGUUAAUCGUAAACCACUUUGCCACACUAAUUCUUUUACCGGCGAGAAGUUACCUUUGCACGGCAUUGAAACACCUUACGAAGAAGAAUUGGGUAAAAGUUUAAUUAUGAUAGAUCAAUGGGGCAUCGAUAUUUUCCGCAUCGGAGAGUUAAGCAACGGAAAGCCCUUAACCUGUGUAGCUUACACGACCUUUAACAAUAGAGACCUCUUGAAGACAAUGAACAUCCCUCCGAAGACGUUUAUAACUUUCAUGAUGACCUUAGAAGACCAUUAUGUGAAAGAAAAUCCUUUCCACAAUUCUCUGCAUGCAGCGGAUGUGGCUCAAAGUACACAUGUUCUACUGAAUACUCCUGCAUUAGAAUCUGUAUUUACACCGCUAGAAGUGACAGCAGCUCUAUUCGCAGCGUGCAUUCACGACGUAGACCAUCCUGGACUUACCAAUCAAUUUCUAAUUAAUUCUAGUUCUGAGUUAGCCCUUAUGUAUAAUGACGAAAGCGUACUAGAGAAUCAUCACUUAGCUGUUGCCUUUAAAUUACUUUCUAACGAUGGUUGCGAUAUUUUCUGUAAUAUGACCAAAAAACAGAGACAAACUCUUAGGAAGAUGGUCAUAGACAUGGUUCUUAGUACUGAUAUGUCCAAACAUAUGACUCUUUUAGCUGAUCUAAAGACUAUGGUAGAAACGAAAAAAGUAGCUGGUUCAGGGGUACUUCUUUUAGAUAAUUACACAGAUAGAAUACAAGUUUUGGAAAAUUUAGUGCACUGUGCAGAUUUAAGUAAUCCUACCAAACCUUUACAUCUCUAUAGACGUUGGGUAGAUCUCCUCAUGGAAGAAUUUUUCCAGCAGGGAGACAAAGAAAGAGAAGCCAAAAUGGACAUCAGUCCCAUGUGCGAUAGGCAUUCAGCUACAAUAGAAAAGACCCAAGUUGGUUUCAUAGAUUACAUAGUACAUCCCUUAUGGGAAACUUGGGCAGACCUAGUGCAUCCUGACGCUCAGGAUAUUUUGGACACCUUAGAAGAGAACCGCGAUUGGUAUCAAAACGCUAUACCACCAAGCCCCCCUCCAGAAGAGACUCCCGAGUCCCAGCGACCAGGCAUCAGAUUCCAAGUUACUUUAGAAGAAGGCGAAGGGGAAUCUGAAGAAGGUCCGAUGUGA